GCGAGAGCUCCGAAUUACUCCUUCAUUCUUCAGCAUCGACAUGUCGCCCAAAGCUGACCAGACUCGACAACUGACUGGAACAGAACUUAUCCACGGCGACGAUGAGCUGGCUCACGGCGCAGAGGUUGCACCUUCCAUCUCGGUGACCACCACUUUCAGGGCACCUCUACCCCCCAACAACGUCCCACUCCAAACUGACGACUUUGAUUUCCGAAAUCCGGUCAGGCAUAUAUAUUCACGUUAUACGCAGAGUGUUAGCACGCGUGCUGAGCGGGUCCUGAGUAAAAUCAACGGUGGAUACGCUAUCACCUACGCGUCUGGGUUAGCGGCGUCUUAUGCGGCCUUGGUAUAUUUCCAUCCAAAGCGUAUUGCCAUAACUGGUGGUUAUCACGGAUGCCACAAUACUAUCGAGAUCUACAAACGCAGUCGCGGAGGAGACCUGCCCAUUAUCGGCUUAGAUGAUGAAUUCCAGCCAGGCGACUUGUGCUGGCUGGAGACGCCAUUGAAUCCCACAGGCGAAGCUAGGGAUAUUAAAUACUACGCCGACAAGGUACAUGCCGCCGGGGGUCGUCUAUUGGUUGAUUCGACAUUCGCUCCUCCUCCUUUGCAAUAUCCGUUCAAAUGGGGCGCUGACAUGGUCAUGCACAGCGGAACAAAAUACUUCGGCGGACAUUCCGAUCUCUUAUGCGGCGUCCUCAUCGUGCGAACAGAAGAGGAAUGGAAUACGCUGUGGACGCACCGUACGUUCCUCGGGUCUAUGAUGGGUUCUCUCGAAUCCUGGUUGCUCCUUCGCUCCCUCCGUACGCUCCAUCUGCGCGUUCCGCGCCAAUCACAAACCGCCGAAGAGCUGGCGCAAUGGCUGAGCAAGGCCGCUGGUGGAAAAGCGUAUGAUGGGAUUCCGGCAGGGAUAAUCGAGACGGUUUGGCACUCAAGUCUUCAGGGCAAGGAUUCCAGAGGAUUUGAUCCUAAAGUGCAGAUGGAAGGCGGAUGGAAUCCUACCUUCGCUAUAUUUAUGGCUGACCCAGAGUACGCGAGACUCCUACCUCAUACUCUGAAGUACUUCGUGCCUGCGACAAGUCUUGGAGGUGUAGAGUCUUUGAUUGAGCAGCGAAGCACUGCUGACCCCGGUGCGGAUCCUCGUCUGGUCAGAAUCAGCGUCGGCGUAGAGGAUCUGGAGGACUUGAAAGACGAUCUCCGACGAGCAUUCCAAGAGAUAGCGCAGCCCAAGGCCAGACUAUGAGCAUGAAAUGAAUAUGCAGUUAUGUGAACUAAGAUGUAUAAAAACAGUGGUUGUUGUGCUCCAUGUGUAUCUAGAUGAGCCUUGUAUGAAGCGUGUUAGCGUCUCAGCGCAUAUCAAAGAUUAAAUAACACGGCAUUAUGCUUGAGCGGUAUUUGCGU